AUGGGCAGCGCAGGUGUUACAACAUGGCUCGACAAGCUCGAGGAGCAGUUGAACGUGGACGUCGACUGGAUGGACCCGACUUUCACCAAAAGUCUGCCGAUUGUGCCUCACGACAUGACCAGCAACCAGCUCUGGGUCGACGACCAGAUGAACCACCCCGACAACCAGGAGCUCUUCCUCAAUGCCGUCAAGGAGUACAAGGAUGAAGGAUGGCUAGCCAUUUAUACUCGUGUGGCGUGUCUCAUGUGCAAAGAAAACAUUGGCAACAUCAAGGGCCGCGUCCUGCUCCAAGUCCUCCCCUCAAACGCAUACGAUGGCCAGAAAGUUCUCGAACAUGCCCGGCUCUAUGCCCGCGAGUUUGCAAAAGUCGGAAUAUCCAAGGACCGCUUCUGUAUCAAAAUCCCGAGUACUGGCCCAGCCCUGAGUGUUUGCCCCAUUCUCAAAGAAGAAGGAAUCGCCACCUUGGGGACAGCUCUAUUCAGUCUGUCACAGGCCAUUGCUUGUAGCCAGGCUGGAUGCCUCUACAUCAGCCCGUACUACAAUGAGACUCGCGCUCAUGACGAACUCGAUCUUUGGCCGAAUGUCGAAGACCCCGCUACCCAGCAUACCAUGUCCCCACGUAUCAUCCAAAUGCUAGAGACAUACAGGCGCUUGUACAAAGAGACGGGAAAGCCGCAGCCGUUGAUCAAGAACGCAAGUUUCAUCAAUGUGAAAGAGGCCAUGGCCGCUGGAGAAAUGGGAUGUGACUCCUCCACCAUUUCGCCUCAGGUCCUCACCGAACUAGCCAAGUUGCCAUACGACGGUAGCAAGCAGCCAGGCGAAGGCGUUCCAAAACCAGUCCACCCAAACAAUCAAAACACCGUCCCUACCCCGGAGCGACUGAAGAAGAUUGCCGCCACAGACCCUCUCGCCCCUGCAAACUGGGACGGAAAAUUGGCCAGCACCGAUAUUGACUACCUAGCUAACAAUGGGGCCGAGUUGGCCAAGGCUAUCGCAGCCGAUCCUGCUACUGUAUCCCGGCUGAAAGAUGCCCUUGAGCUGUUCAUUGGUGGCCAGAACAAGAGCCGGGCCAAGAUCGAAGCAGCUCUCAAGACCCUUGCAUAG